CCCCGGGCUGGCUAUAAAGGCCGCUUCCUUUCUAGGGUAAUUUCUCGCGUCUCGUUUGCAUUUCCGCUCUGCCCCCACUCUCAUCGCGACGGCCUGCUCUCUUCUCUGACUGAGGAAAGCAGCCAUGAGGGAGAUCCUGCACAUCCAGGGCGGCCAGUGCGGGAACCAGAUCGGCUCCAAGUUCUGGGAGGUGGUCUGCGACGAGCACGGCAUCGACCCCACCGGCCGCUACGUCGGCACCGCCGACCUCCAGCUCGAGCGCGUCAACGUCUACUACAAUGAGGCCUCAUGCGGCCGCUUCGUGCCCCGCGCCGUGCUCAUGGACCUCGAGCCAGGCACCAUGGACAGCGUCCGCACAGGGCCAUACGGCCAGAUCUUCCGCCCCGACAACUUCGUCUUCGGCCAGUCCGGCGCAGGCAACAACUGGGCCAAGGGCCACUACACCGAGGGAGCCGAGCUCAUCGACUCCGUGAUGGAUGUCGUCAGGAAGGAGGCGGAGAACUGCGACUGUCUCCAAGGUUUCCAAGUUUGUCAUUCCCUGGGAGGAGGAACUGGGUCUGGAAUGGGCACACUCUUGAUCUCCAAGAUCAGGGAGGAGUACCCUGACAGGAUGAUGCUCACAUUUUCUGUCUUCCCUUCACCAAAGGUCUCAGAUACAGUUGUUGAGCCAUAUAACGCUACACUCUCUGUCCAUCAGUUGGUUGAGAAUGCCGAUGAGUGUAUGGUUCUUGACAAUGAGGCGCUUUAUGACAUCUGCUUCCGUACCCUGAAGCUGACCACUCCCAGCUUUGGAGACCUGAACCACUUGAUCAGUGCGACAAUGAGCGGUGUCACAUGCUGCCUUCGCUUCCCAGGACAGCUGAACUCUGAUCUCCGGAAACUUGCAGUCAACUUGAUCCCGUUCCCAAGGCUUCACUUCUUCAUGGUUGGCUUUGCGCCACUCACCUCCCGUGGCUCCCAGAUGUACCGUGCCCUCACCGUUCCUGAGCUCACUCAGCAAAUGUGGGACUCGAAGAACAUGAUGUGCGCUGCUGACCCGCGCCACGGUCGUUACCUGACAGCCUCUGCUAUGUUCCGUGGGAAGAUGAGCACCAAGGAGGUUGACGAGCAGAUGAUCAAUGUGCAGAACAAGAACUCGUCAUACUUUGUGGAGUGGAUCCCACACAACGUCAAGUCCAGCGUCUGUGACAUCCCUCCGCGUGGUCUCUCCAUGUCCUCCACCUUUGUCGGCAACUCGACCUCCAUCCAGGAGAUGUUCCGCCGUGUGAGCGAGCAGUUCACGGCUAUGUUCAGGAGGAAGGCUUUCUUGCAUUGGUACACAGGUGAGGGCAUGGACGAGAUGGAGUUCACUGAAGCUGAGAGCAACAUGAACGACCUGGUCUCUGAGUACCAGCAGUAUCAGGAUGCGACAGCAGACGAGGAGGGUGAGUAUGAGGAUGAAGAGGAGGCGAUCCAGGAUGAGUAAGUGGUUGAAGCUGCCAGAUUGCCUGUUGUAUAAUUACCCUCUGAAUCUGCCGUUCUUUAAGCUGCCGUAUGUUUGGUUAUGCUAUGCCUAUAUGUUGAGUAUGUAGUACCGCCGUGGUAGCUUACUACCGCUACCAGACGGGACAUGUUUUCUGCCUAUUCUGUAUUGCUGUCGCAUAUAUGGAAAGAGUAUUUGCUGAAAA